UGGGGGCACUACCGCGGGAGGAGCGCUCCAUCUCUCGGUGAAGCUGGGGUUCGGAGCGGGGAACUGAAGCGACGAUGGGCGGUUCUCAGAGCACUGACAUCCCCAGUGGGGGCAACGAGGGCUUCCACGUCCACGGGGUCCAAGAUAAUUCUCCAGCACAAAAAGCAGGCUUAGAGCCAUUCUUUGACUUCAUCCUCACCAUUGGAAAUACUAGGCUGAACAAGGAUAAUGAUACUUUUAGGGACCUGCUGAAAGCCAAUGCAGAGAAGCCGGUGAAGCUGGAGGUGUACAGCACAAAGGCUGCGAAGGUUCGCGAGGUGGAGGUUGUCCCCAGUAACAUGUGGGGUGGGCAGGGUCUGCUGGGAGCCAGCGUGCGGUUCUGCAGUUUUCAAGGUGCACAUGAACAUAUCUGGCAUGUACUGGAUAUCGAACCAAAUUCGCCAGCGGCCCUAGCAGGUCUUCUGCCUCACACUGAUUACAUUGUUGGUGCUGAUCAAGUGCUGCAAGAGUCUGAAGAUUUUUUCAACCUGGUUGAGGCAUUUGAAGGAAAACCCUUGAAACUGCUGGUUUAUAAUAGUGAGACAGAUACCACCAGAGACGUUAUAGUUACGCCCAAUGGUGCUUGGGGAGGAGAAGGAAGUUUGGGUUGUGGCAUUGGAUACGGUUAUUUGCACAGAAUCCCCUCCCGACCUGUUGUGCCAGAGAAGAAGAUAGAGAUUCCAGCACCCCCUGUGGCAAGUGCUGUACCUGAGAGUCCAGAGAAUGGAUACACAGAGGCACCGUUGGUAGCCCCCAGCACACCGACUGACAGACCUGCUGAGAGUUCAGGCCUGGAGCAGGGACUGGCAGAACUGACAAUGGAAAGCUCCCUCCUUCCUCCUCCAAUACAGCGUGUAAUGGAUCCAGGUUUUCCGCCUGCUUCCAUCGAUGUCCCCGUGACUCAUGACCUAACCAAAAUAUUGAACGCGUCACUGUCCUCUUCUUCCUCAUCCACCUUUAAUGCAACAACAGAAAGCAAUACAGGAACGGAUGGCUUUCUCACCAAUGAAGAACUUGACCUCCACUCUGACCAAGGUGGUGCAGUGACUCCCGAAGGUCAGACCUCUGGUAGUUCAGCGCCCCCUGCUGCUGCUUCCUCACUGGAACGAGAACCAGAUCAGGAUCUCUUGGACAUGACCGCCACUUCAUCCCCUUCCUCUGCUGAGAUGUCACCAGAUACUGCCCAGACAGAGUCUUCACCAGAGGAUCAGAAGGAACAGCCGUUGCAAGAGGAAGAUUCUACCACCCACGACCCCCAAUUGACCAAAGAUGAAACAGACGGAUUGUUGAGUUGAGAAGACUACACAACCAAUGCACAGCAGCACAUUAGACUUCUAUGGUGACUAAUUGCUUUACCUGGGUUUACUUUUAAAUGUAUAAACUGGUAACUAUUGUACAUGAAGCAAGCAAAUGUAUUUAGGCCUGUAUCUUUGCUCCUUGUCUGAAGGAAACAACACUGACAAUUUCAUGGCUUCUGUCAUAGUGUGGGAUGCCUGAAGUUACUUGUUCCAAGGUGCAAGAAGCAAUGAGGAAUCUUUCACUGAAAGUUACUGUAACUGUUUGCUAAAUCUCUGUUUCUGACCACAGGCCUCCCUUUUCCUUAAAAAAAGUUACCUUAAUUUUAUUUUUUAAUUGUUCAGAAUCAUUUUUAAGCUACAGUCAGGGGAAUGGAAUUGGAAUGGAAAAUUAUUCUAAUGAAAAUAUAUUUUAAGCUCUUUUUUGGCUUCUAAAUAUAUUUUUCUUCAGUGCAACACUACCGUGGCAACAUAGGAUUAGUGCUGUUAGAUUUUUGGAUAGAAUUUGAGGCAGUGGCUAUGAGCAGAAAGACCGGAAGAGUUCCUGAACUUCAGAAUAUAUUGGGAACUUCAGAUCCCUUUGAUUAUUAAGUCACUCGAUUUUAUUCUCUGUCCUUCAAGCUGAAUGUAGGUAGUUUGCUCAGAGCAGAAAGUUGUUACUGUUUGAAGGAAAUGUUGCUUGUUGAGAGUUGGGUGGAAUACCAGUGAGAUGAUUGAGUUGGAGGUGCAUAUAGAGUAAAUGUAAGAGUGUAGAAUUUAACACAGUAUCAGCUACCUGUCUUUAUUGAUUUUUCUUUCAUAUCCUGGUGUUAUUUUUUUUCUUUUUCCCAAAGUUAAACUGUUGUCAAUAGAAGAUAUUUAAUGUCUCUGGGUUAAAUAAAUUGCAAAAACAUAAUUCUUCCACUUUACUACUGAACCAGUGAAACCCGGUUAACUCCCUGGGUACACAACCAUUCCGUCUCAUUCUCAGGCAUAGAAGUACAUUGAGAAAUGGACAUUAAUAACCUCUUCUGUGUUUACAUAUUAGUUCCGUAUAACUCGACUUAAAGGACAGUCUAGCUAUUGUGUUAACUAGUUGCCUUACUUAAGGCUUUAAAAAAGGCAAACAAUUGAUUUUGCACUCUUUCUCCAACUAUGAUAAUUCAUAUCUAUGCAAACAUUAUGAUUUUUGGAUAACAAUUUUACAUUUUUUUACUUUCUGCUUUACUGAGGCAAUUAGGACUUUGGCCGGUCUUCUCACAGUGGUCAGGAGGCUCUCUGAUCUUGGCUGGUGCUAUAGUUAUGUCCAAUUCUUACGGCUUCCCACAAGUAAAUUCCAGCAGUAAUCACUGAAAGCAGUUGUUUCUUUAGCUAUUUCCAAGGCACUUCCUUUGCUAUGUCCUGCCACGUUUAAGCCAAAGACUAAACAGCUUUCUACUUUGAUUGAAAUAAUUAUUGAAAGUACAGUAUAAUAUACAGAGUUUCCACAGUGUUAAUUCUGUAUUACCUAAACAAGUCACGUUUAGAAUGUGUUGCGGUUUCUUUCCACAAAAUACUACUUUGCAGAAGCAUAACCUUGCACAAUGCAUCAGCUUACAUUUUAAAUAGGUGACUUCAGAUGCUGCUUAAUAUUUGUGCCAAUUAAUGAAGGGUUUGAGGAUUUUUGAAAUGCUUUUCCUAGUAACGCACAAGGUACUGACUGAUUAAAGUUGUGAUAGGGGCAUGGUUAAUUCUACAUGUGGGUAGAAUUUUUCUAGUUUCUAGGAACAUACAGUUGAAGCCAAUGUUCUAACCGGUUACAACGCCAGUAAUUUUCCUGUCAACAUAUUUUAUAAGUAGCGCUUUCUUUUAAGUGGGAGUGUUUAUUUUUCCUUAAUCACUGAACCUUAUUUUGUCUGACUGAUACUUAAGUUAUGGUCACUGUUUAAAUGGGGCUUUUUAAAUACACUAAGACAUAAAACAAUCAUGUUUACACGUUGCUGGGGAAUAAUUUAGACUAGAUGUGGAACAUCUGUACUGCUGUGAGAUGUACACUCAUUUUGGAUCAAAGUAAUCUCUGCAGAGCUCGAAUGUCGCUCUGUUUUACGAAGAUGCUGAGAGACCUUUGAAGUUUUUAACCAAGAUUCUCCUGUCAAGAUUGCUGUUUGCUAAUUCUUGAUUUUCCAAACCCACUGAUGCCCCCAUUUGUUGUAUCUCUUAUCAAGAACACCGGUAAAUUAUAGGGUGCUGAAAGACCUCGAACAAGGUCAGAAUGAUGCAGCUUAAGUGAGCAACUUGCCAAAGGGGAUGAUGCAUAGUAUCUUCACCAUGGUUUCUUUCAAGAGGUCAAUUCUGUUUUCCUAAAGGUUUCAUGGCAUUGGUAUUAUACCAAUUAAUGGGUGUUUAUUUAAAUAGUCAUGUAUUAGAUGAACAGCCCUAAAAUGCUUGAUCAUCUUCAAUUUUUUGAAUAGUUCUUGUAGUGCAAAUUUUGGUAGACAGUUUGAAUUACCAGAUGAAAUGUGCUGGGUUACUAGUCCACACCGUGACUCUAAAUGUUCGCAUGACAUCAGCAUUUCGCCAGCUUUGUAUUCACGUUGCCACGAAAAUGUUUUCACUGCUUCACGGUUGCACCUUUCCAUCAUGGCAGGAAGGAUCAAAUGACCAGGAGGCCAGUCCUGUUAAAAUAAAAGUGUUGCCAAUGGAUUGAACACUCAUGCUCACUCCCACAAGCCAGCCUGAACCUCCUUUUGUCAAACCUCCAGCAUUCAGUCUGUUUGUGGCCUAGUUUAACUUCCACAUCUGUAAGUGUGUUUAUGUCGAUAGGUGUUGCUUUUCAUAUAAUCUGUACAUAAAUGACACACUGUACUGGCAAUAAGAAAUUCCUGAGAAGGUGAAUGUUGACAAAAGAUAAUUGUGUUCUUUUGACAAAAAUAUAAUAUAUGGUUUUAUGUUGAAUGAUGGGUUAAUGAAUAAUGUCUUUUUGAAAGCAUUAAAAUUUUUAAU